AUGUUGCGUGGUGGGUUGGGGUUGCAUGAGAUAUCACUCGGCGCGCCCCGGAAUAUUAAGGUGGCCAUAUGUGGAAAGGCGCUAACGGUAACGAGAGCGGUUAGACUGAGCCUGGGGUGCUCCAGACAACCAAUCAACCCAUCUGUGUAUCACGGUGGUGGAGCGAUCAUUGGAAACGGGAAUAAUUAUACAAAACACCAAACCAUCUACCAAAAUACAUGA